GUUUGUUUUUAUUUAUUGACUUUUUGGCACAGAGUCCUCUUUUUCGUUCUCCCUCACUACCCUCAAUACGCGAUGAAUUCCCCUUGGGAUGCCCCACCUUCAGGUGGUGGUUGGAACAUGCCAGUAGCGGCAGCGUCUGACAACAUGUCUACCGACUUUAAUAACGAUUGGACUCAAAUGGCAAAAAAGAUGGAGGCUUCCAUGAUUUCUGAAAAUGUCAAGCAUUCUCAUUCAAAUGAUGAUGUACAAGAAAAGUCUUCAUUUACCUCAGAAAAGGCUUCGUUUGCUCCAGAAAAGGCUUCGUUUGCUCCAGAAAACUCUUCGUUUGCUCCAGAUCUUGAUGAACCACCCGCAGAGAAGCUUGAGGAUGUUUGGCCUUUGUUUCUAGAAGCUGAUAAGACACGCGACUUGGACGAUGUGAAACCAAUGUUGGGACGAAUAUGUGAUUUAUAUAGGGGAAGGAGCUGGAGAGACUUGGAAGAGAAGCUUCGAGCAGAUAAUUGCAACACCUAUUUGGUAGCCACGAAUGAGCCUGUUGGCUUUGGGUAUACACUUGUUAAUCUUAAAGGUGAGCCUAGACAGGAGUUUCGUGUUAUUCCAUCCUUUAUCAAGCCUGGAACCGUAAAGAGAGGCCGCAUGUCCAUCGGGAUGCCGUAUUCCGAGAUGUCAUAACUGUAAACAGGAAGGCCAUGUAGUCUCUGAA